AUGGGCGUCAAGACCGAGGUCGAGAAGGCUAUCAAGGGCUCGCAAAAGUGGGUUCUCAAGAAGUACUGCUCGUCCAAGCGCAAGCGUGCCACCCGCUACACCUCUGCCCUUCACCACGAGUUGUCGUAUGUGGUGAACAAGGGGACGCUGCUGCAUCUGGCUGUGCUGUACAACAAGCCGGACAUGGUCAAGUAUCUGGUGGGCAAGGGGUGCGACGUGAACGCGCGGGCCAAGGCGGCGUACCGGGUCUCGUAUCAUGUGGGGAUCAACCUGGCGACCGAGGUGACGCCGCUGCAGCUUGCGGUCCUCCUGUACCGGCACUCUGUGAUGAAGACGCUUGUGGGCCUUGGCGCGGACGUGCACGCGGCGGCCAACGGCGAGCGGCUGCUGGCGACCCAGGGCCGGGUGAUCAACGGAACGGUGGCGCACCUGUGCGUGCUGUGGGGCCGGGUCGACUCACUGGCAUACUUGCUCAAGAUCGAGCCGUCUGUGGCGACGGCGCCUGCCGAGGAGGUGUACCGGCUUGGGGUGCCGGUCUCACACCGGUACGCGGUGAAGGAUGCGCCGCCGGCGCACCUUGCGGUUCUCUUCAACCACGAGGCGUCGCUGGAAGAGAUUGCAGUGUACACGACGGACACAUCGACCAAGACUCUUAUUGGGCACAUCCACUCGGACGUUCGCGACAAGGCUGGCGAGCUGCGCGAGCUCGACUUUGCGUACGGCUCCAAGGCGUUUUCGGCAGCCGAUCUGGCCAACAAGCUUGACCACAACACGUGCGCCAAGCUCCUCACCGACCGCAAGCGGCUCAAGAAGCUGCGGAGCAAGCCUUCCAAGCGGCUGGCGGCGAUGAAGAAGCGCGAGGCCAAAUCGAAGAACUUGCUCAACAAGGUGUAUGACGAGGACGACUCAUCCGAGAACAUCGGCCGUGAGGGCACGAUCCGGGUCAAGUCGCGGCCGCGCGGGAGCUCCAGCUCCAACUCGAGUUCGCUGGACUUUGAGGACUCGGACGCCGGCUCGGGCUACAGCUCCGGCUCCGGCUCUGGCUCUGGCUCCGGCUCUGGCUCUGGCUCCGGCUCCGGCUCGGCCUCGGCCUCCAGCUCGGCCUCAGCGCCAGUGCGAAAGGUGGUCAAGAAGAAGUCCAAGAAGAAGCGCAAGGUGAAGAAGGCUGUCGAGUCGGAUGCCGACGAUGUGGCUACGGUGGAGACCAAGACGACCAAGACGACCAAGAAGAAGCGGCGGAAGAAGAAGGCCGACGCAGAGUCAGAUGCUGACGGCGAGACCAAAGUGAGUAAGAAGCGGCGCAAGAAGAAGACGACCAAGACAACCAAGAAGCGGCGCCGCAAGUCGUCGUGAUGAGCGGGGGCAAUGAAUUCAUUGUGCCGAAGCAGGA